AUUGUUUAUGCGAACCGUGUGCAAACGUAUUUUACACUAAAAACGAAGCCAUUGACUUUUCAUUUCAUCUGAAAAAUCAUCAAAUAAAGUCGCAAAAUUUGCAAAUUUCAACAAAAUAAUUUAUUUAUUUACGCUUAAAUUAUAUACUAUUACUUACAGAAUGGUAUCACAAGUGAUGUGCGUGAUUUGUUCGGUUGUACCAGAGCCACAUACAACCGAAAUAACAUUUUACAAAUUUCCAAAAGCAAUAGAGCUACCGAUAUUGUUCAAAUCAUGGAAAAGUGUAUUAGUUAAAGCAUUAGCAAAGGAGCGUCCAGAGUUUUCCGAUGAUGACUAUUUGAACGAGACAUACGUUUGCAGUCAACAUUUUACUGCAUCCGAUUUUUCAUUCGACAAUGGAAAAUUGAUUUUACUUAAGGACGCCAUUCCGUCGCGAUUCACAAAAAAUGAAGACGAUGCCGGCAACAGCAAUGAAGUCGCCAAAGAAUAUGAGCCAUCAUCACGCACGUGUAACUUUGCAUCAACGUUAACAAAAGACUUUGUUACUACAUCGCAUCAUAAUCUUCGUGCGGAUUUGGUUUGUACAGAAACAUCCAGAGCGCUUACACCCAGUUGCAGUGAAUUUUCCGUAUUCCAAACACCCACCAAAAUCGUUGUAAAAUCGUUUCCCAGUGAUUACACUGCGAAAAAUACCAGUGACAACACUGCGAAAAAUACCAGUGAUAACACUGCGAAAGACACAAGUGAUUCAUCGAAUGUAAAGAAGCGUGAUGCGGAUAUGGAGCAAAAAAUCGAGUCGUACGGAAAAAUCUUUAAGCGGUUACGAAGUGAUAACCUCUUAACAGCAUCUUAUGUUGAUAAACUUAAGGAACAAAUGCCAGAGGCUGAACAACUGCUUAACGAAGUGAUGAAGAAUGAAUAAAAUUGAUGUUCCAGUUCAAUUUUGAGUGGAAAACAUAGGGAAAGCUGAUUGAAAAUGAUUUUGACAAAAUGAUACUUACCAAAUUCGUCAUUGGAAAUUUCAUGAAUCUACCGCAUCAACUAAUCUACAAAGGAUAAAUACAGCAAAUAAUAUCAUUUUCCAAACGAAUAGCUUUAAUCGAAAAAUAUCUAAAAACUCAAUUACAAUACACAAAACGUUUUCUUUUUUUACAAAAUAGUCAAUGUAAAUUUAUCUAAAUAAAAAAAGUCGGUAGAUUUCUCUCAUACACACAAUUGAAUAUUUGACACGUCA